AAUAAUUCGGCCAAGUUUUGGCCGCUGCGCCCCUCGCCGUGCUUUCCUUCUUGUAACUCGUAAAGCUGAGACAUGUCAUCACGUAGUAGCUCUUUCUUCUCUUAGCAGAGCAGGGCAGGCCAGGCAAGGAAAGGUAAGGGAAGGGAGGCAGAGGGAGAACUGGGAACGCAUUUUCGACAGGCAGACAGUAGACAUUGUACAAGAGGAGAGAACGAGGAACCACUGUGGAUGAGGUGAGACGAGGCGAAGGACGCGAGGGAAGGGGAGGGAGGAGUCGACACUUUCGAGCCGGAGGACGCCUGUAUCACGGUUUCGGGAGAUAAUAGCGAGGGGUUUGUGAGGGCGUUCUCGUUGGAUAUGGUCACGGCCUGGGGAUAGCCGCGGUCCAUCUGUUGGGAGGGAGGAAGGCUUGAGGUUAGAGAGUAAUAGAAAGAGAGAGGCGAGAGAGUGGGAGGAAGAAAGACGGAGACAGAGAGCAGCGAAGCUGUCGGGCGAGAAGUAUGAAAACGUCAUUCAUUCAGGCGGGCAGUCCUUACAGGGGGGCCGCCCUACACGAAUGCCACGUUUCACAAUCUUGUGGCAAGUCUCUGCGCUCGUGUAAUAUUCAUCACGGAAAUUUUUUUGUAGCUAUAAAUCUUCCUCAGUUUGUGGAUUUUGGAACCCCCACUUCUGCUUGUAAACUUUCGGCUUAUCGACCCGUCAAGCCACAUACCGCAGUCGGUAUCCGGAGGCCGAAAAGGUCAACGAACGGAAAGGACCUAGGGAAGUUCGGGAGUAGAUUCGGAGAACUAAGUGGCGGAUGCUGUCAAGCUUCAAUUGGAGUUCCAGGCAAUUCGAGUUACAAGAAGCAACAGGGAAUCAGGGCUAGCCUGGAUGCUGGGGCUAAUGGGGGUGAUGAAUCCAGAGGUGAAGGGGAAGAUGUCGGGUCUUCAUCAGUUUGGGACUUGCCUGCCCGACACAAACGGAUACAGGCAGCAGCUGCCAAGGUUGGUGAUCCAUUUAGAGACAUGAUGACGAACGCCAGUAAGAAGUUGCAGGACUAUCUUGACAACAUCAAAAGUUCGAGAACGAAGGAAAAGCAUGGCGAGCAAGAGAAACCUGAAACGGACUGGGACCGAUGGCAGAAAGUCUUCACGGAUGCCGAGGAGCGUGACAACUUGGCAUCUGUUCUGAAGUUCCAACUUGAAGAAGCUGUGGAUAACGAGGACUUCCAGGAGGCAGCUGUGCUUAAAGAAGCACUUGCAGCUGUGUCAGCCGGUGAUACAGUUUCUGAAAUUAUGAAGGAGCUGAAGAGCGCUCUAGCUGAAGAACGAUACGACGCUGCGGCAAGACUUCGAGACAAGGCUGGCGCUGGAUUGGUAGGUUGGUGGGUUGGCUUAGCAGAAGCUCAGAAUGACCCUUACGGGCGCAUCAUCCACAUCUCCGCUGCCCAGGGCAGGUUUCUCGCCAAAAGCUACAGUGCCAGGCAACUUGCAACAGCAGCGUCGGGAAUUCCCUUAUUUGAAGUGUUUGUCACAAGAGAUGGAGACAAUAACUAUAAGCAGCAGGCUGUUUAUUUACAGCGUGAAGGAAAUGUCUCCCCCGAUACACUGUUGGGUCCCACUUCGAAGGAGAUUGAUAUAAGUGAGUUGAUCGUCAACGAGAAAAACAAAGAUUUGAAGACAAGGGAUGUGCCUGGCUCUAUUACAGAUGACAAUGAAGAGAAGUCCAAGGAUCCUGACUUUAUAGAUGAGGGUUUGAACAACAUUUUGAGCUUCCUGAAGGAAAGAAUGCCGGAUGUUAAACUGAAAGUAUUUCAGGUGAUUGCUCCGGAAGGUUUAGAGGCAGACAUCCCCAAGAUCGUGGAGCAGUUAAGAGCUGAAGGGACAGACGAUGCCAAUUCGGACGUUGAUACCGAUUCUGUUAGCGAAGAUACAACUCUGGACCCACCAGAAGAUGAGAAAUUUCCUGCAGGCAGCAACAAUAUAGAGGAGCAAGAAACUCCAAUAAGACUCGUCGUUGGAGGUGUUUUGCAAAAUAGUGUAGAUGAGAAGGCUCCGAAAGUUCCGGUUAGGGUACCAGCAAAAAUCGAGCGCAAGACAAGAGAUUCCUUCUUGUUUAACAUUGACGAGGUUGGUAUGCCUUCGGGUUCGACCUCAACUUCAACUUCAGCGAAAGAGCCGUUACCUCAUUUUAAGAUGGCUGCAAUUGCGACUCAGGCAUCAGCUGAUCUGAUGCCAGACGAUGUUGCCAAGGUUUUUUGGAAUUCAGAGAAGGCUCCAGUGAAGGUAUCUAAAGAGAUGGGAGAAAUCAUUAGAUUGGCAGUAACACAAGCACAAAGAAGACGUGGCCUGUCCAAAAGCACCUCUUUCCGCCGCAUCAAUGUGUCAGAGGCUGGAUCAGACCCCUUAAGUGGUUUGUAUAUCGGUGCCUUUGGCCCUUACACAUCGGAGGUAGUCCAGUUACGGCGAAAAUUUGGGCAAUGGCAAGAGGAUGGAAGUGCCGAUGGAAGCACUGACUUCGAUAAGUUGGAAUUUUUUGAGUAUGUGGAAGCUGUGAAGCUUACAGGCGAUUUGAAUGUGCCGGCUGGUCAGGUGACCUUUCGGGCGAAAAUCGGUAGAGAAAGCAGACUGUCCCUACGGGGAGCGUACCCUGAAGAACUUGGAGUGGUUGGAAGGUACAAGGGUCAAGGUAGACUGGCAGAGCCAGGAUUCCGGAAUCCACAAUGGAUAGAUGGAGAGUUGGUCCUUCUCGAUGGGAAGGGUGGAGGUCACACCAAUGGUGCAGAACUUGGAUUCGUAUACUCCGUACCAGAACGCCAUUUUCUCGUGCUUUUUAACCGGCUGAAAUUGCAGGAAUAAUGAGCCGUUGUUCAUUUGGUCAAUUGAUCACUUGUAUAGGAUAGGAUGGCAACAUCCUGAGAAUACACCAACCGGUCAUAGCAUAUGCAUGUAUGAGUAAUAGCAAGGAGACAUUGUCUCAAAGAUAAGUGUUGGCUAGAUAUGGGCACAGCCAGGUUGCCGGUGUAAAUUUUUUUUUAUCCAAAAUGUGGUUCUCCUUAGUUCAGCUAAUUUUCAUUUGUUCAAGUUAGUUAAAAGUAAUGUAUUAUACACCUGGUUUGGGGUAAGAACGGAAUCUUUUCAUCUUUUUGUCGCCUACGAAAUGAGUGCUAAGCCUCCC